GCAGAACGCAGAACGCAGAACGCAGAACGCAGCACCAUGCCCAAGCAAGCGGUGGUGACUCUGCGUUACGGGCCCUACAGCGCAGUGGGGCUGUCGGUGGAGCACCGCACCUACCGCCUGGAGGGUCUGCAAGCUGUGUUGAUAGAAGAUGGACAUCAAGUCAUCCUGGAGCAGAUAGAAGACUGGAACCUGGUAGAGCUUGUGGUAAAUGAAGAAAUAGUCUUCCAGUGUGACAUCGAAGACCUGGAGUUUGGGGGUGAUGGUAGACUAGACCCACUGUGUGAAGAGGCCAGGAUCGCUGUGCUAUAUGCCUUCUGAUUUCGUGGAGCAGAUAGAAGAAAGCCAGCUAUGCCCUCCAGUCUACAAUACCAGCAAAGGGGGCUUACUGGGCGCAGGAAUGCUGGGCUCUGUUGGUUAGAACAUGGUAAUGCCUCAUGUCCUCUAGUCUGUUCAGUUUGAGUUUCUAUUCUGGCUGCAUAGACAUCCAUAAAAAAUAAUAAAAACCACCUU